UUUUUGUCUCCGCAUGCUCCAAUCUCAGCUCAUCUUCUCAUCGGCAGGAAGGAGUACAGGAAGGAAGGAGAGCUCAUCAACAUUUCAAUAAAAGUACUUAACCUGAUACCACAUUAAACUACUCUCUACACCUACAAAUAGAUUAUUACCUACCAAACCUAAAAAAAGAUAACAAAUCACCGCAGCCCCUGUCACGUCAUCCUAUCGCCAAUCUCUACUAAAAAAGUACCACCUAACUAACAGGCUCUAACUCUUCAAUUUGCAUGACAAACAAUAACAAUAUAGGACGAAUUUUAGCUGUAAGUAUUCUGUUAACUCAAGCAUUAACUAUACAUAUUUAAUCCUGUGAGACCAAACCAACAACACUAUUAGUGCUACCAACCAACUCACUCACCAGCAGAGUAAAAGUUGUUCAUUCUUCAGGAUGAUAUAUACGUGGCCUCGUCCCAUUAAAUUCUUAUUCACUUUACUUUGAGCCAUUAUAUUAUCAUCAGGAGCCCCAUAUUUGCUUGCACUUUACAUUACACGACGAAAAUAUAGGCUCCUCUUCGAAACUGUACAUAAAAAAAUCUGUUCUGUUUUGUAAUAAUAUUAAAAUUAGAUGCACUUGAUUACAGUUUGCUGUUGCACUUCUUCUUCUAUACCCUUCACUAAUAUUUACGACUUGUAUGUGUAUAUACAACCUGGCCACGUAGUAAAGUUACUACAUAAUGUGCAAUAUUUAACAGGCAGCUAACUGUUUAAAUUAAAUCCAAUCCAGGCCCAGCCCGUCAUCAGAUUUUAUAUUUUAUUUAGUCUGAAAAUUAUCCAGUUCAAAUAAUUAAUCAGUGUUUAAAUACUAAUUAUUCGUUUCUCUAGACGAUAAGUUAAUAAUUGACGUUGGGACUUGAAAGUCUAGGAUAUUUGAGGGGUGGGGAUUAGUAGUAAUUCGUUUUUAUGGUGCUUUAUCACAAGUUGGAGGUGUCACAAAUAUUUUUUCUUUCAUUCUUUAGUUUACAAAGUCACAAAUAUUUAGUUUUGUAACAAAUUUAGUUGUGAUUUACGGAAGUGUUACUGCUUUUUGGUUGUGAUUUAGUAGAUUAAACAAAAGCUAUAGACAAAAUGUGGAAGGUACGAGAAUUGACUGAUAAGUUAACGAACGUGGUGAUGAAUUAUACGGAUAUUGAAUCACGAGUUAGGGAAGCGACAAAUGAUGAACCGUGGGGCCCAACUGGAACAAUCAAGCAUGAGUUAUCUCAAGCUACCUUCAGCUAUGAGUCCUUUCCUGAGGUUAUGGGAAUGCUUUGGAAGCGAAUUGCUGAAAACAAAAGGAGCCCUAGAAGAAUUUACAAGAGCAUGCUACUUUUACAUCACCUACUUCUUCAUGGAUCCGAUCGCGUUGUUCGAGCAGCUCAGGACCGUCUUUAUGAAAUUAGAUCUUUGCAAGACUAUCACGUUAUUUACGAGCCCGGAUUUAAUUUAGACGCAAUCAUUCCUCCGUCUGGGACUGAAACUAAAGAUGGUGAACUUAAUGUUCGCGUUAAAGCGAAAGAACUUGUUGAACUUAUUCAGGACGAAGAGAGACUUCGCGACGAAAGAAAGAAAGCACGCAAGAACCGAGAUAAGUAUGUGGGAAUUGGGUCCGACAGGAUGACCACUUCCAAGUGGGAUAAUAAUGACUAUGGUGGUGGAAAUGGGGGCGGUGGCUAUGAUGAUGACUUUGGAAACAAAAAGUCGCGCAGUCCUAGUCCAACAUUUGGAAAGUCCAGUUUUAAAACGUUCAGCGAUAUGGACACAGAUUUCAAGAAAAGUUCUAGCUCAAAUUCCUUCAAUAAUAAUCACAACUCCUCCAGCUCAUUCAAAACAAAUAAGCCUGCACCACCAUCUCCUGGAUUAGAAAUUUCAGACGAUUUUGAUCCCAGAAGAGAAGAGAAGGCGUCGGAUUUUGGAGAUUUCACAAGUGCAGUAUCCGCCAAACCAGUGCCUUCUCCGGUCAAAAAAGAUUCCACUGAUGGAGAUUUUGCUGAUUUUCAAUCCGCCUUUGGAGAUUCCAAACCAAUUACGACAAAAGCUGAAGAACCACCAAAUAGAACUGAAUCAAAAGCAGAUGACCUACUCGGCUUAUCUCUCGACUUGAGAGGAAGGUCGACGGCGUUGCCUUCUUCCAAUUUGCUAUCUGACGAUCUUUUCUCAAAUUCCAUGCCUUCAGUAACAAAUACCUCUCCAGCAUCGAAUGUGUUGGAUUUUGCUUCAUUUGGUUCGCCAUCAGUUUCAUCUCCUGUCGGAAUGGGACAAUUUUCUCCAGGAUUUUCUACUACCACUUUUCCUUCAAUGGCUUCACCUACACAACCAAUGGCUCAGGCUCUACCUCAAAUGAAUUAUGGGGGGAAUAAUAUUCUUGCUCCAGUCCUUGAACCAGCCAAAUCUUCAUCAGGCGGAGGAUCGGUCAAUGGGAAUGUUCCCACGCUUAAUAAUAAUAACAACUCCACUAAACAAAGCCUGCAGGGUACGACCUGGUCUGACUUAAACAUAACCAUGGAUGACCUGAACCUCGGAAGAUCCAACAGCCGAAACCAGGCUGGUGCUGGUGGCAAGACUCCCAUGAACCAACUUAAAACAAAUUCUACCUCCAACAAUUUCGGUGGCCUUCUAUGAGGGCAACAGAAUGUAUUUUUAUGCAAUACUAAAUAUAUGCUUGUACUUCAUCAUCAAAGCAAGGAAAACUUUAAUAAUUCUGUGCUGAACGAAACUUUCCAAGAUUUUAAUAUCAACGUCCAAUAAUACACAUUGCAGGCAACUAAAACUAAACAAGAUAAAAAUAUAUAUAGUCGGAUAACCAAGUUAUUAUACAAACUAAAGAUUUUUCUAGUGAUUGCAGGACAUUCAUUCUUUAAGGUAGACUUUGCUAUAUAAUAAUCAGAGAGAGAGAAAGAUAAUUUUGACGUCGUCCGUCAGGUUUGUACAGAUCUUUCAGAUGUUUAGAUUGUGUAAAAAAAAUCUUACCAAAAUAUUAUGGUGCAAUUAUUAUCAAUUAACUUGGGCAGGAAAAAGAAUCGCAAUAAUAGUCGACACCUACCCUGAAAUACGUACGUAAAAAAAGCAAAAGUAUUUGAAAAGUUAUGCUCAAACGACUACUAGCAGAAAACAGAUCAGUUUUAUUAGCCACACACACACAGAAAAAAAGAGUAAUAGAUUUCAUCAUCAUAUUCCUUCCACAUAUUAAAUGGGAAAAUGUACUUAAGUUAGCUUUCGAGCUGAAAAAUUCAAUCAAGUGCCUUUCUGUAUGGGAUGAAGUUUCAUUCAUCCAUCACAAAAAAAUAUUGAAACAUCUCCAGGUAAAUGUAU